UCCAGAUGAUUUAAGUUCCCAUACACGGACUUCCUCUGUGUGUUUUUUUAACAGCACAGCACUUUAUUGAACAGUGACAAUGACUACAGAGGUGCACGAUGGAAUACAAACCCAGAAAUAAUAGUUAGGGCCACAUGAGAAAACAUAUUUUGGAUGUCACGAAGGUCCAGGGACAACAGCUUCAGGGAGGAAACGCUGGGAAGAAGAGGAUCUAUUUAUCAUUUGAUCUGGAAGCUAAUUAGGAUACAUGAUGGAGGAGUGGAGGUCAUCAUCUCUGCUGACCACCUGAUGUUUCUCUCACUGCUUAAAUACUGUGAUAUUGUUUAAAUCAUAUAAUAUGCAGUCGUUCACCAGGAAGAGGAAGAACCCGGCUCUGCUUGCAGCGACGCUCAUGGGCAGCCGGGCGUCCGGUUCUGAAGAGGUUCUGCCGCGGCCUCGCUUCCAGCUGGACCUGUGGCUCGGCUUCAUCCUCCACAGCUGGAUCCUGGACAUCGGCCGGCCAUUUGUCACGGUAUCGCUCGUCCUCCCUGCAGAUCUGUUUCCUCUGAACCGGCCCUCUGCUGCAGAAUAUCUCCACUUCCUGUUCAACAUCUGCACACCGCUCAUUCUGCUGAAAAUGAUUGAGCGCACCCCCCGGUCGUUGCCCCCCCUCGCCGUACACCUGGGCGUUAUUGCUGUUGCCAUGGGAACCAGCCUACACCUGGUGACGGACGCCAUCACGCGACGGCUCGUGCUGAUUGGCUACCAGCUGCACCUGUCCGUCAGAGAUAACCCAAUCAUGGAGGAGCUCCGCCCCCCCGCCCUGAUCGAUGCUUUUGAGCUCCUCUGUUUCUUUGACGACACCAUUGGUCAUCUGAUGUGGUGUGUUCCCUUCUUCCUCGCCCUCUUCCUCUUCUUCAGUGGUUGUUUCCAUCACAGGACACAGGAGGACAAGAUGCCGCCGACAGCCUGGAUGCUGCUUUUACCGAGCGCUACUUACUACUGGUUCCUGAUGGCUGAGGGUCAGACCUUCAUCCUCUUCAUCUUCACCUUCUUUGCCAUGACGGCCACCGUGAUGCACCAGAGGAGGCGGGGCUUAGUGCCAGACGCCAACGGCCUCUUCAUGCUCUACAGUUUCUCUGCAGCUCUGCUCCUGCUCCUGCUCUGGGUUUCCUGUCUGUGGAGCGAUGGCGUUCUGAGGAGGAAACACCGCGGACUCAUCUACAUCCCCCAGCCUCGCGCCGUCUACACACUGCACACACAACACACACACACCUAACAAGACACACACACACGCACACACACACACACACACACAACACACACACACACACACACAC